AUGACCACUCAGAGUCUCAGGGGUGAGAAAGAGCUAAGCGAGGGCCUGGUGACUGCCGGAGGAGGUGAGGCAGGCAAGGGCCUGGUGACGGCCGGAGGAGUUUUCAGUGAAGACCUACACUCCAGCCUCUACUUUGUCAAUGCAUCUCUGCAAGAGGUAGUGUUCGCGAGCACCUCGGGGACCCUGGUGCCCUGCCCGGCCGCAGGCAUCCCUCCUGUGACUCUCCGAUGGUACCUCGCCACAGGCGAGGAGAUCUACGAUGUGCCCGGGAUCCGCCACGUCCACCCCAACGGCACUCUCCAGAUUUUCCCCUUCCCGCCUUCCAGCUUUAGUACCUUAAUCCAUGAUAAUACUUAUUACUGCACAGCUGAAAAUCCUUCAGGGAAAAUUAGAAGUCAGGAUGUCCACAUCAAGGCUGUUUUACGGGAGCCCUAUACAGUCCGUGUGGAGGACCAGAAAACCAUGAGAGGCAAUGUCGCGGUCUUCAAGUGCAUUAUCCCCUCCUCGGUGGAGGCGUACAUCACUGUCGUCUCAUGGGAGAAAGACACUGUCUCACUUGUCUCAGGAUCUAGAUUUCUCAUCACAUCCACGGGAGCCUUGUAUAUUAAAGAUGUACAGAAUGAAGAUGGAUUGUAUAACUACCGCUGUAUCACACGGCACAGAUACACCGCCGAGACGAGACAGAGUAACAGCGCUCGACUUUUUGUAUCAGACCCAGCGAAUUCAGCCCCAUCCAUACUGGAUGGGUUUGACCAUCGCAAAGCCAUGGCAGGGCAGCGUGUGGAGCUGCCUUGCAAAGCGCUUGGGCACCCUGAGCCAGAUUAUCGCUGGUUGAAGGACAACAUGCCCCUGGAACUUUCUGGAAGGUUCCAGAAGACCAUAACCGGACUGCUCAUUGAGAACGCCCGGCCAUCAGACUCAGGCAGCUACGUGUGUGAAGUGUCCAACAGAUAUGGAACUGCUAAGGUGAUAGGCCGCCUGUACGUGAAACAGCCUCUGAAAGCCACCAUCAGUCCCCGGAAGGUUAAGAGCAGCGUGGGGAGCCAGGUCUCCUUAUCCUGCCGCGUGACAGGGGCUGAGGACCAGGAACUCUCUUGGUACCGCAAUGGUGAAAUCCUCAACCCUGGCAAAAAUGUGAGGAUCACAGGGAUCAACCACGAAAACCUUAUCAUGGAUCACAUGGUCAAGAGUGACGGUGGCGCUUACCAGUGCUUCGUGAGAAGAGAUAAACUGUCGGCUCAGGACUAUGUGCAGGUGGUCCUUGAAGAUGGAACUCCCAAGAUUAUUUCUGCCUUCAGUGAAAAAGUGGUGAGUCCAGCAGAGCCUGUGUCCCUCAUGUGCAACGUGAAGGGAACACCACUGCCCACGAUCACGUGGACCCUGGAUGACGACCCGAUCCUCAAGGGCGGCAGCCACCGCAUCAGCCAGAUGAUCACGUCCGAGGGGAAUGUGGUCAGCUACCUGAACAUCUCCAGCGCGCAGGUGCGGGACGGGGGUGUGUACCGCUGCACGGCCAACAACUCGGCGGGAGUCGUCCUCUACCAGGCUCGAAUAAACGUAAGAGGGCCGGCAAGCAUUCGACCAAUGAAAAACAUCACGGCGAUAGCAGGCCGGGACACCUAUAUUCACUGCCGAGUGAUUGGCUAUCCCUAUUACUCCAUCAAAUGGUACAAGAACUCUAACCUGCUUCCUUUCAACCACCGCCAGGUGGCCUUUGAAAACAAUGGAACUCUAAAACUCUCCGAUGUGCAAAAGGAAGUUGAUGAGGGAGAGUACACUUGCAAUGUGUUGGUUCAGCCGCAGCUCUCCACCAGCCAGAGCGUCCAUGUGACAGUGAAAGUCCCACCCUUCAUCCAGCCCUUCGAGUUCCCAAGAUUCUCCAUCGGGCAGCGGGUCUUCAUCCCCUGUGUGGUGGUCUCCGGAGACCUGCCCAUCACCAUCACUUGGCAGAAGGAUGGCCGGCCAAUCCCAGCGAGUCUCGGGGUAACCAUUGACAACAUCGACUUCACGAGCUCUCUGAGGAUCUCCAACCUGUCCCUGAUGCACAACGGGAACUACACGUGCAUAGCCCGGAACGAGGCGGCCGCUGUGGAGCACCAGAGUCAGCUCAUCGUGAGAGUGCCUCCCAAGUUCGUGGUUCAACCCCGGGACCAGGAUGGGAUUUAUGGCAAAGCUGUCAUCCUCAAUUGCUCAGCAGAGGGUUAUCCUGUACCCACCAUUGUGUGGAAAUUCUCUAAAGGUGCUGGGGUGCCCCAGUUCCAGCCAAUUGCCCUCAACGGCCGAAUCCAGGUGCUCAGCAAUGGGUCCCUGCUGAUCAAGCAUGUGGUAGAAGAAGACAGCGGUUACUACCUGUGCAAGGUCAGCAACGACGUGGGCGCAGACGUCAGCAAGUCCAUGUACCUGACGGUGAAAAUCCCUGCAAUGAUCACAUCCUAUCCCAACACCACCCUGGCCACUCAGGGGCAGAAGAAGGAGAUGAGCUGCACCGCCCAUGGUGAGAAGCCCAUCAUUGUCCGCUGGGAGAAGGAGGACAGGAUCAUCAACCCCGAAAUGGCCCGCUACCUCGUGUCCACCAAGGAGGUGGGGGAGGAGGUGAUCUCCACUCUGCAGAUUUUGCCAACUGUGAGAGAAGAUUCUGGCUUCUUCUCCUGCCAUGCUAUCAAUUCUUACGGGGAGGACCGUGGAAUCAUCCAACUCACAGUGCAAGAGCCCCCAGACCCACCCGAGAUUGAGAUCAAAGAUGUGAAAGCACGCACCAUCACACUCAGGUGGACCAUGGGCUUCGACGGCAACAGCCCCAUCACGGGCUAUGACAUUGAGUGCAAAAACAAAUCAGACUCCUGGGAUUCUGCUCAGAGAACCAAAGAUGUUUCCCCUCAGCUGAACUCGGCCACCAUCAUUGAUAUCCACCCUUCCUCCACCUACAGCAUCCGCAUGUACGCCAAGAACCGGAUUGGCAAGAGCGAACCCAGCAACGAGCUCACCAUCACUGCGGACGAGGCAGCUCCCGACGGUCCACCUCAGGAAGUGCACCUGGAACCCAUCUCAUCACAGAGCAUCAGGGUCACCUGGAAGGCUCCCAAGAAACAUUUGCAAAAUGGGAUCAUCCGUGGCUACCAAAUAGGUUACCGGGAGUACAGCACGGGGGGCAACUUCCAGUUCAACAUCAUCAGCAUUGACACCACGGGGGACAGCGAGGUCUACACCCUGGACAACCUCCACAAGUUCACCCAGUACGGCCUGGUGGUGCAGGCCUGUAACCGGGCCGGCACUGGGCCUUCUUCUCAGGAAAUCAUCACCACCACCCUGGAGGAUGUGCCCAGUUACCCUCCUGAAAAUGUUCAAGCCAUAGCAACAUCGCCAGAAAGCAUAUCCAUCUCCUGGGCCACGCUUUCCAAGGAAGCCUUGAACGGGAUCCUGCAGGGCUUCCGAGUCAUUUACUGGGCCAACCUCAUGGACGGAGAGCUGGGUGAGAUUAAGAAUGUCACCACUGUGCAGCCUUCCCUGGAGCUGGACGGGCUGGAGAAGUAUACCAACUACAGCAUCCAGGUGUUGGCUUUUACUCGCGCUGGGGACGGGGUCAGGAGCGAGCAGAUCUUCACCCGGACCAAGGAGGAUGUUCCAGGUCCUCCGGCGGGCGUGAAGGCAGCUGCGGCCUCGGCCUCUAUGGUGUUUGUGUCAUGGCUGCCGCCUCUGAAGCUGAACGGCAUCAUCCGGAAGUACACGGUGUUCUGCUCACACCCGUACCCCACAGUGAUCAGCGAGUUUGAAGCCUCCCCUGACUCAUUUUCCUACAGAAUCCCCAACCUGAGUCGGAACCGUCAGUACAGCGUCUGGGUGGUGGCCGUUACGUCGGCAGGAAGAGGGAACAGCAGUGAAAUCAUCACGGUAGAGCCAUUAGCUAAAGCCCCUGCCCGAAUACUCACCUUCAGUGGGACGGUGACUACUCCAUGGAUGAAGGACAUUGUCCUGCCUUGCAAGGCUGUUGGCGACCCUUCUCCUGCAGUAAAAUGGAUGAAAGACAGUAACGGGACACCCAGCCUGGUGACGAUUGAUGGGCGCCGGGGCCUCUUCAGCAACGGCAGCUUCAUCAUCCGCACGGUCAAGGCCGAGGACUCUGGCUACUACAGCUGCGUUGCCAACAACAACUGGGGCUCGGAUGAAAUCAUCCUCAACUUGCAAGUGCAAGUCCCACCAGAUCAGCCUCGGCUUACAGUAUCCAAAACCACAGCCUCCUCCAUCACCCUCUCCUGGCUGCCUGGGGACAAUGGGGGCAGUUCUAUCAGAGGUUACAUCUUGCAAUACUCUGAAGACAACAGUGAGCAGUGGGGCAGUUUUCCCAUCAGCCCCAGCGAGCGCUCCUACCGUUUGGAAAACCUGAAAUGUGGGACUUGGUACAAGUUCACACUCACUGCCCAGAAUGGAGUGGGCCCAGGGCGCAUCAGUGAAAUCAUAGAGGCGAAGACGCUAGGUAAAGAGCCCCAGUUCUCCAAGGAGCAAGAACUCUUUGCCAGCAUCAACACCACACGCGUGAGGCUGAACCUCAUCGGCUGGAAUGACGGUGGCUGCCCCAUCACCUCCUUCACGCUUGAGUACAGGCCCUUCGGGACUACGGUGUGGACCACGGCUCAGCGUACCUCCCUCUCCAAGUCCUACAUAUUAUAUGACCUGCAGGAAGCCACGUGGUAUGAGCUGCAGAUGCGGGUGUGCAACAGCGCCGGCUGUGCAGAGAAGCAAGCCAACUUCGCCACACUCAACUAUGAUGGCAGUACCAUCCCUCCGCUCAUCAAGUCUGUGGUCCAGAGUGAGGAAGGGCUGAGCACCAAUGAAGGGCUCAAGAUGCUGGUGGCCAUCUCCUGCAUCCUGGUUGGUGUCUUGCUGCUGUUUGUGCUUCUGCUUGUGGUGCGCAGGAGGCGGCGGGAGCAGAGGCUGAAGAGGCUCAGAGAUGCAAAGAGUUUGGCUGAAAUGCUUAUGAGUAAAAACACCCGGACGUCGGACACCCUGAGCAAGCAACAGCAGACUCUAAGAAUGCACAUUGACAUACCCAGGGCUCAGCUCCUGAUUGAAGAGCGAGACACAAUGGAGACCAUCGAUGAUCGCUCCACAGUCCUGUUGACAGAUGCUGACUUCGGAGAGGCCGCAAAACAAAAGUCCCUGACGGUGACUCACACGGUCCAUUACCAGUCCGUGUCUCAGGCCACAGGACCCCUCGUGGAUGUUUCAGAUGCCCGGCCAGGAACGAAUCCCACCACCAGGAGGAACGCCAAGGCAGGACCCACUGCCAGGAAUCGGUACGCCAGCCAGUGGACCCUCAACAGACCACACCCCACCAUCUCAGCACACACCCUUACCACAGACUGGAGGCUGCCCACCCCCAGGGCUACAGGAUCCGUGGACAAGGAGAGUGACAGCUACAGUGUCAGUCCCUCACAAGACACAGAUCGAGCAAGAAGCAGCAUGGUCUCCACAGAAAGUGCCUCCUCCACGUAUGAAGAACUGGCCAGGGCCUACGAGCACGCCAAAAUGGAAGAGCAGUUGAGGCACGCCAAGUUCACCAUCACAGAGUGCUUCAUAUCCGACACGUCAUCUGAACAGUUGACGGCAGGGACCAAUGAGUACACGGACAGUCUGACCUCCAGCACCCCUUCGGAGUCGGGCAUCUGCAGGUUUACUGCAUCCCCCCCCAAACCUCAGGAUGGAGGACGGGUGAUGAACAUGGCAGUUCCAAAGGCACAUCGGCCAGGUGACCUCAUCCAUCUGCCUCCAUACCUUAGAAUGGACUUCUUAUUAAACCGAAGUGGUCCGGGCCCCAGCAGGGACCUGAGUUUAGGACAAGCAUGCUUGGAACCUCAGAAAAGUCGGACCCUGAAGCGCCCCACGGUCCUUGAGCCCAUCCCGAUGGAGGCCUCCUCCGCCACGUCCUCCACGAGAGAGGGACAGUCGUGGCAGCAGGGGGCUGUGGCCACAUUACCUCAGCGGGAAGGGGCUGAGCUGGGACAGGCAGCUAAAAUGAGCAGCUCCCAGGAAUCACUGCUCGACUCUCGGGGCCACUUGAAAGGAAACAACCCAUACGCCAAGUCGUACACCCUGGUAUAGCAGACAGCAUGACUGCGGCGCCAUUGUAAAUACGAUUUAAACCAUUCAGUCAAAGCUACCUUUUUUUUACGGAAUUCCAAUAUUUAUAAUGAAAGAAAAUUGCCAAAAUAUAUUAAAAAAAAAAAGAGAGAGAGAGGAAAAAAAAAACACUGAGACCACAGACAGUGCAAAGACUGUCGUGCUUUUUUUCUGUCUGAGUGUGAGUUCCACCCGUCUGGGCAUCUGGUUUUUUGGGAAAGAAGUCCAGUUUUAUGACCUUCACAGGCUACUGUAUUUUUACUGAUUUUCUACAAAGUGCAUGGGGGACCUAAUUAAACCUUCUGGCUAGAGAGUCCGACCACACAAGAGUCAAGCAAGAAAACAGAAGAGGAGGGCAUCAGUCUAUUUGUGGAUUUCAAAGGAACCUUGGUUUGGGGGCAGGGGACAGCUUUAGUCAUGUUCGCACACCUUUCUUUCCCAUUAGAAACUGGCUCCCCGAUUUGAACUUCUGUUGUUAAUUAGGAUGAGUGCCGACAGUGAAGGGGUGUGGGGGGGGUCGAUUUCAUUCUCUCUUUGGUUUAUUUUUUAAUUUAACGAGACACUCUGCAUUUUGUCU